CCAAGUUCCAACUCCAAAUUGAAAUAUACUUUUCUAACAAAAACGCCAUGGAAAUCUACUCUCUGCUUUACCUAUUUCUCUCUCUUAUCUCUCUCCUCUUCGCUUUCAACCUCCGCAGCAGCCGCAGAAACUUACCGCCCAGUCCCCCGUCUCUCCCCAUCAUCGGCCACCUCCAUUACCUCAAAAUCCCCCUCCAUCGAACUUUACAGAAACUCUCUGCAAAAUACGGACCAGUAAUCUCUCUCUGGUUUGGAUCUCGCCUCGUUGUGGUCGUCUCGUCGUUGCCGGCAGUGGAGGAGUGCUUCACUAAGAACGACAUCGUUUUAGCCAAUCGUCCUCGGUUGCUAGUCGGCAAACACGUCGGCUACAACCACACUACGAUGGUAGCGUCACCUUACGGAGACCACUGGCGGAACCUCCGCCGAAUCGGAGCUAUCGAGAUCUUUUCAGCGUCUCGCCUCAAUAAAUUUGCAGGAACCCGGAAGGAUGAAGUGGAACGGUUACUGAAGAAGCUAUCUAGGAAUUCGAUGAAUGGAUUCUCGAAAGUAGAGAUGCAAUCGGCGAUUGCGGAACUGACGUUUAACAUAUCGAUGAGAAUGGCGGCCGGAAAGAGGUAUUUCGGUGAGGAAGUGACGGAUGUGGAGGAAGCAAGACAGUCGAGAGAGCUGAUUAAACAGAUCGUCUCGCUGGGAGGAGUAUCGAAUCCGGGAGAUUUCAUUCCGUUGAUGAAUUGGAUCCCGAAUGGAUUUAGGAGGAAGGUUUCGAGACUUGCGAAGAGGAUGGACGGGUUUUUGCAGGGAUUGAUUGAUGAACAUCGGAGCAAUAAGUGUGAAGAAAGGAACACAAUGAUCGAUCAUUUGCUAUCUCUGCAGGAAUCGGAGCCUGAGUACUAUGGAGAUCAAAUAAUCAAAGGAAUUAUUCUGGUGUUGCUACUAGCAGGAACAGACACAUCAGCUGUUACAAUUGAAUGGGCUUUAGCUCACUUGCUCAACAAUCUAGAGGUACUAAAAAAAGCUAGAGAAGAGCUAGACACUCAGAUCGGAGAAAAACGACUGGUGGAAGAAUCAGACAUUCUCAAGUUACCAUAUCUUCAAGGAAUCAUCUCCGAGACUCUUCGAUUGAACCCAGCUGCUCCAAUGCUAGUGCCACAUCUAACCUCCAAUGAUUGUACAAUCAGUGGGUAUAAAAUACCACGCGACACGAUUGUAUUGGUUAAUGCAUGGGCUAUCCACAGAGAACCCAAUCAAUGGGAAGAGCCCACACUAUUCAAACCAGAAAGACACCAAAAGUCAGAAUCCAGUAGCCAUCAUCAGAUCCCAAAGUUGAUUCCAUUUGGAAUCGGACGACGAGCUUGCCCCGGCUCGGGCAUGGCUCAACGAGUGGUGGGGUUGACUCUGGCGGCUUUGAUUCAAUGCUACGAGUGGGAGAGGAUUGGCGAAGAGAAAGUGGACAUGGCGGAAGGAAGAGGCGUCACUAUGCCCAAGCUGCUGCCAUUGGAAGCUAUGUGCAAACCUCGCCCUAUCAUCCACCACAUUUUUAACUGAAAAAUUAUUGGAAUUAUUUAAAGGCAUUGUUUAUAUUUAAUAAUUCACAAAAUUGUUAAAAAGAAAAAAGAAAAAAAAAGUUAUAUCAUAUCUUAAAAGAAGAUUUGUUAAUUAAUGUAUCGUUGUUUUGUUGUACCGUAGCCUUACGUAAUUGAGAUUUAAUUUGAAUAAUGAUGCAUAUUACCUA